GUCAGAGGAAUGGAAUUAUUUGAUGUUAUAAGAGAUAUCGGUACAUUUUUUGUCUAAAAUUUAAAGGUUUGUUAUCUACUUAUGAUUCUCAAUUUUACGUUGCUUCCAUGAUUUUGAUCACUGAAUACUUGCAUCACUAAAAUAUUAUUUAUAGAGACAUCAAACCAGAGAACUUUAUGGUUGAUGACAAAGGAUUUCUUAAACUAAUUGAUUUAGGAACUGCUAAAAUCGUCAAAGGAAAAUAAGGAAUUAUUCGUACUUAUACUAUCAUAGGAACUCCUCAUUGUAAUUUAUUGUUGUUACAUUUAGACAUGGCUCCCGAGAUUAUCUGUGGUAAGGGAUACAAUUGCUUAGUGGAUUUAUGGUCUAUUGGCAUCUGUUUAUAUGAGUUUAUGUGUGGAAUGGUCCCCUUUGGAGAAGAGGCAGAAGAUCCUUAUGAAAUUUAUGAGGAAAUCAUUAAAAAAGAUAUUACCUAUCCAAAUUAUUUGAAAGACAAAAAGGCCAAAAAAUUAAUGGAUUAGUAAUUAAGUUCAAUAGUAUUAGAUUACUUUCUCGUGUUCCUGAAGUUAGAUUGGGAGGUUCUUAUGCUUCCCUUAAAGGAAAUCCUUGGUUUGAAAACUUUGAUUGGGUAACAAACGUUAUUAUUUCAAGGAAAAACUAUUAGAAAAAGAAAUAAAGACUCCUUAUUUACCACCUGCAGAUAAAUUAUUACCUGAAUUGGAAAUAAAAUCUUUAGAAUAAAAUGGCAAGAUGGUUGAAGAAGAAAUAAAAGUAUUUGCAAAUGUAUUACCUAUUUAUAGCAAGAAUAAAAUGUAAGACAGAUGGAUGGACAAAAUUAAGGAGAUUAAGGAUGGGAAAAAGAUUUUUGAUAUUUAAUAUGAGACCUAAAU